AUUACCCAUUAUUACGAAAUUGCCCUUGCCUCAACCCUGGCAUCGCAUGGAAAAGGAAACUUGUGGGUGCGUGUGGGGGCGGCCCUUCCCUCUUUGCUACUACGUUGCUCCUCUCCCCUUUAAGGCAAACCUCGGAUCUUGACACUGCUAUUACAAACACGCAGCUGUUCGAAGCCGCCAUAAGCAGAUGAAUAUGCGCAAAGAUGACAUUUUUAAGCAGUCGCUCCGCAGUGACGUUUCGCAGGACAACGCCUCUCUCUCUGCUUCAAAGGUCGCUCAGAAACUUCACCACGGUACCAGAAAGUGGGAAGCUCGACGUUCGAGAAUGUGUCUCCCUCUUGCAACAUCUCGGCGACACCAGAGCGUUGAACCCCGGCAGGUCCCUUCACUCGGUCAUGCUAAAAGCUGGGUUGGAUCGGGAAGUGUUCGUGCAGAACAAUAUGGUGAGGUUUUAUGCUCUCUGUGGUGAUCUUGCGAAUGCCCGGUUCCUGUUCGACGAAAUGCGCGAACGCAAUUUGGUGUCUUGGACCGGCAUGAUCUCUUCGUACGUGAGUAACGGCCAAUAUGAGCUUGCUUUGCGGAUGUAUGCUCUUAUGUGCCAGGCCGGUGUGAAGCCAAAUGAAUUUGGUUUCCCGGUGGCGCUUAAGGCAUGUAGACUUGCUCAUGAUUUCACGAUGGGAAUGCUCAUCCAUGCUCAGUUGCUCAAAUGCGGGUUCGAGUCUAAUGGGUUCUGCAGUGCUUCUGUUCUUGGCCUCUAUAUUGAAAGGGGAGACUUAAGAACCAGUCGUAUGAUGUUUGACAGCAUUCCUUUAGGCGAACAAUCUGAAGCCUUAUGGAAUACUCUACUUGAUUCUUAUGUACAGAACAACUAUAUAGAGGAAGCUGUCCGGCUAUUUUAUCAGAUGAUGCAGUCUGAUGUACAGCCAAAUCAUUUGACUUAUGCGAUCCUUGCAAAGUUAGCGACUGACACAUUGGAUGUUGGCUUGGCAAGAUUGUUUCAUGGCCAAAUUUUUAAAGUUGGUUUAGAAAAUGAUGUUAUUGUAGGUGGAGCUCUGGUUGAUUCUUACUCAAAACUGGGAUUCCUGGACGAUGCUUUUGGAAUAUUUCAGAAUCUAGAAGAGAAAGAUAAUGUGGUUUGCUGUACUCUAUUGGCUGGGUUUCAUCAGAGUGGAGAUGCUGAAAAAGGCCUUAACUGCUAUAUCUCGUUUCUUGCUGAAGGUAAUAAGCCUGACAUACAUACACUAGCUAGUGUUUUUAGUUUGUGCUCAAAUGUGAAUAGUGCAGCUCUUGGUAACCAGGUACAUUGCUCUCUGGUUAAAUAUGGCUUCAAAUUAGAUUCAUUUCUGGGUAGUGUUAUAAUAGAGAUGUAUGGAGGCAUGGGAAUGGUUUCCGAAGCUUACAAAUGCUUCCUUGAUGUCAACAGUAUAAAUGAGAUAUGCUUUAGUGUGAUGAUUAGCAAUUUAGUUCACAAUCAUUACAGUGAGAUGGCUCUUGAUUUGCUCUACGAGGUUAAGAGUAAGGGUCUUGCACCAAGUCACUCCACAAUUAGUGCCAUACUCCGACUUUGUGGAAAUCUUCAGUUGUUGAAAGAAGGAAGAUCAAUACAUUGUCAUGUUGUAAAAAAUGUUGAUGAUGAUGACUAUAGAUUGUACUUAGAAAAUGCCCUUAUCGACAUGUAUGCUAAAUGUGGAGCAGUUGAUGAUGCAAAACUGGUGUUUGAAGAAAUGCAAAUGCACAAUGAGUUUUCAUGGACGGUCUUAAUGUCCGGUUGCUAUGAAGUAGGCUGGUAUCAAGAAACUUUGAGAAUGUUCUGUGACUUGGUUUGUACUUCAACUUCUGUAAAACCUAGCCAAUUUACUCUUGUGAAUGUCCUUCAGGCUUGCACACAGACAGAAGCGCUGGUUACAGGAAAACAAAUCCAUGGUUACAUUCUAAAAGUUGGAUUUGAGUCUCAUCUCUUUAUUAGAAGCGCAUUGAUCAAUAUGUAUUCAGCAUUUAAAUCCGGAAUUCAGGAUGCUUUUCUUGUAUUCUCAUCUAUGAUGAAGCGAGAUUUGGUCUCCUGGAGUACCAUGAUUACUGCAUGCACUCAAAAUGGGCACUAUGAUCAUGCUCUAAAACUUUUCUCUGAAUUUCUAAUUUCACCCGAGUACUUGGUGGAUGAUUCUAUACUAUCAAGUUGUCUCUCUGCUUGUGCUGGCUUGUCUGCAUUAGAGUUGGGUAUACUCUUUCAUGCCUGCAUUAUCAGAACUGGUUUUAUGUCACAUGUGCAUGUUGCAUCCUCGACUAUUGAUAUGUAUAGCAAGUGUGGAAGUCUGGAAAAUGCAUGUAAGGUUUUUGACGAAAUCGAAUGCCAUAAUUUGGUUUCUUACACAACUAUGGUGUCUGGAUAUGCGCGACAUGGCCAGGGUAGAGAGGCCUUUGUGCUGUUUAAUAAGAUGAAGGAAACAGGGUUACAACCAGAUGCGAUCACCUUUGUUGGAGUCUUGAAUGCAUGUAGUCAUGCUGGGCUUGUGAAAGAAGGUUGGCUUAUUUUUGAGUCUCUCAGAAAUGAAUAUAAUUCAGAGAAAACGGUAAGUCACUAUGCCUGCAUGGUUGAUCUCCUGGGUCGAGCUGAACUUUUGGAUGAGGCAGAGAAUCUCAUAAAUGAAGUUCCGUCAGAUUUGAGAUCUCUUCUGUGGAAGACAUUAUUGAACACCUGCAGUAAACAUGGGAAUGUUCAAACAGCAAAUAAAAUUGCCCUGAGGCUAAGCAAGUUAGAGCCUAACAGACCUUUAAACUAUCUCCUGUUGUCUAACAUCUAUGCGUCAGCUUCACUGUGGGAGGAUGUUGCAGAAUUUAGGGGAAGACUGAAAGAAGUUAAUCCUCGUAGGCAACCUGGAAGCAGUUGGGUCCAAGUGGCACAGUGAUCACUAUUAAUCUGUUGAUCCUCAGUUCUCUCUGAGAUAUUUUGUCAUGUUAUGCAGAUGAUUGCACUUGAGAGGUGCAUUUGCUAAUUCAAUGUAAUGUAAAUUAUGGCAAUGAAAAUGCUGUUGAGGGAUGAAGCACUCCUGACUGCACUUGAGAGCUACAGUACAAGUGGCAGCUUUUUUGUGCCACACGCUGGUUUUACAUUCAGCAAGUUGCAAAAUAUUAACCCUGAGGUGUUCUGGUUAUCAGUCAAUCCCAGGGGUGUUAGUCAGAGGUAGCCACUUGAAGCUGCUCGACUAAGAGUUGUUCCAGUUGCAUUUGUAACAAAUCGGUACUGAGAGUGGGGUCCUGAGAAGAGGAUGAUAUGAGAGCUUCCAGAAAUUUAACAUCACAAAGAAACGAGGUGGUCAUAUGGCUAUAUUUGAUGUUAGCCUUACUCAUCUGAGACUCUUCAUUCUGUAAUAGGUAGGUUGCCUGCUUUAUGAUUUAAACUGGGAAGUUUUGAAUGAGAAAUUGGAACAAUUACUCGGGAUGAGCAGAGUGGAAGAUGAUGAUGAUUGCAGGUACUUAUGAUGGCUUACCGUCUCUGGAUGUCUCCUGGUGCAGCAAACUAUAGCUGUGCUGAGCUUCCAGGACAUGUAUGCAUGACUUUCAUCAACUGGACAUCUGAUCCUGUUCUGCUAACCAUUUCCAAAAUGUUUUUGCACUAUUGAUUUCAAAAGACACUAAGGCCUUGGAACAGAAGGAAUGCAUGUGCAAGUUGUUUUUCUUCUUUUCAUGGUAUUGUGCUUCUUACACACCAAAAGGCAUAUAUAUGAUGUCCAUUUGCAUUAAAUGCAGUGGCCCAUGUGGUCGAAAUGGAGCUUGAUCUGAGGGUUAUAUCUUACAGAGGUUCUCAUAUAAUUCUAAGUCCUGGUUGAGCUCUUUCACUGCAAUGAAAAUUUUGGACUGUGCUGAUUUUUUCCACUCCUUCCUCAAUCCACACUCAUUUCAUACUGAUACAUUUUUUCAGCAUUGACUUUACAGAACUAACCUUUCUCAUGAUAUGCUUUUGCUGGGGAUACUUCUGCUUUUUUUUUUUCUAGAGUCGGUCAAAUUGGAAAUUACAGAGUUGUCCUUCAGGAGAGUGUAGGACGUAGUGUCAUUUGUGCUUGGCUAACUUCUUUUUUGGUUCACCUAGCAAAGACGGGGAAAAGUUAUUUUUGUGGAUCACAUCUUUGAUGUGGGUUUUCCCUUAUGCUGUCUGGGUUAUUGAAAAUGUAGAAAAUGAAUAAACCUGGCUUUCAUUUCUUUGCUAUACCUUCUUGAAUUUUGCGUGUUUAAUUGCAUAUCGGAAACCAUAAUUGUGCGCGAAGUUUGCCUUUCAGUUUUUGAAGGAACAAAAAAACGUGGUAAAAACAGAAAAAAUUAUCCAAAUAUGGAAAGAAAAAUUGUGACUUCAAUUGAAUAUUGAAGUUUGAUGCAUACUUGUGUAGAACGUUCUAUUACCAGGCUGGCCUAAUAUGUUCCAGCAAGCUUUUUAUUAAAAUUUCAAAAUAAAAAUAUCUAGAUACCUUUUUGAGAUUGUGCACGGACUUAGCAAAUAUUUUGCCCGUAGGACAGUGUGAACAAUUACCAUUCUGCCUUUAGAUAGAAUGCCCUCUCUUUAUCAGUUAUGACUAGUCUGUUGGAAUUUAUGAGACUCAGCCUCAUGAAACUGUUUCUGGAUUUCUUUUUCAAUUUCUAGGGGUAGGUAAACAAUUAAGAAAUUGAAUUUCCAUCAUCCUUGGCUUAGUUUGUUACGAUAUUGCAAUUUAUAUCUUACGAUGUGUAUAUUAUGGUGGCUGACCAUUCAUGGAAUGGACCAGACUGCUAUCUUGACUUAACUUUGAAUCUCUCUCUGUGCAUACUCAUCAUCUGUGCAGAUGAUAGAGCAUAGUCAUGAUUGUGAAUGCAUUCAUUCCCAGGCAAAACCCGUUUAAAGGCAGAACUUCUUGCUAGGAUAAAUCAGGAGUCGAUCACAUGGGUUUUAUAUGCAUCUCAGGUCCCAAUUUUCUGAGAGCAUGCUCACAGCGUUACAUUUCCCUCUGAGAGAUGGGAAUGGAACACUGCUAAACUGAUCUGUCCGAGCAAGCAUUUUCUGCAAUGGUGAAUCUAAGAAGUCAUGUUUGUCUAUGCUGUGGAAGCUGCAAAAGGAAAGAUGCCAGUGAACCGACCCUUGAAUCUGUCAAGGCAAAGAGAAAUCAGACUUACUUUGAUGCCAAUGAAGGUGGUGAGAAUACCGGUAGCAGUGAUGCAAGAGAUGGUGGAAUGGUGAUUUGGACUGGAGUAGCUGCCGCUUUUGCGACUACAGCCUCUGUAACCACCAUUGUUGGUCAAGUAUCCGGUACGAACAAGGGUACUGAAGUGGGUGAGGAUGGUGGCAUUGACGUAGGAGGUGGUGGCGCUUGUGGUGGCGGAUGUGCUGGCGGAGCCGGUGGGUGUGGUGUGGGUCUAGGAUAACAUAAUAACAUGUAAAUUAGGAACAAAUGAUAUAUGUAAAUAUGAUCUUUGUGUAAGUUUUGUGUACAUGGGGAAAGAUAGUUCAUCUCGUAUGUGUAUAGCCUCUCAUUUACAGAAUGCUUGGGUAAUAUAUUUCGUUCUUCUACGAAAA